AUGAGCUCUGAUGCGGAGAUGGCCAUUUUUGGAGAAGGAGCUCCCUACCCGCGGAAAUCAGAGGGGAGAAUCGAGGCUUAAAAUCGCCCAUUUGAUUCUAAGAAAGCUUGCUUUGCAGUGGAUGAUAAGGAAUUUUAUGUGAAAGGCAUGAUCCAGAACAAGGAAAAUGACAAAGUCACAGUCAAGACCCUCGACGACGGGUAAACACUCACUCUGAACAGUGAACAGGUGUUCCCCAUGAACCCUCCCAAAUUUGACAAGAUCGAGGACAUGGUCAUGAUGACCCACCUGCAUGAGCCAGCAGUGCUGUACAACCUCAAAGAGCAUUAUGCAGCCUGGAUGAUCUACACCUACUCGGGCCUCUUCUGUGUCACCGUCAACCCCUACAUGUGGCUGCCGGUGUACACCGAGGUGGUGGCUGCCUAUCGAGGCAAAAAGCGCCAGGAGGCCCCGCCCCACAUCUUCUCCAUCUCUGACAACGCCUUUCAGUUCAUGCUGACUGAUCGAGACAACGAGUCCAUCCUCAUCACGUGA